AGUUGUCUGUCUGUCCGCAUUUAAGCAGAGAAGGUGAGUUGUUUUUCUCCACUAUUUUUCAAAGUCGGACACCGCAGUCGUUGUUCCAGUGGACCGACGCCUAUUCUAAUAAGUGACGGGUUUCGUUGGACGCUAGGUUACACCUUUAUGCCGUGCUAGCGAAAGUCAAGCUCACGCUGUGCUUGUUGUCAACGCGGAUAAGUCCUUGAUUCGAAAGAUUUUUUCUUAGGCCAAGACACUGAUGAAGCGAAUUUAUGAUAAAGACCGCAAAGAACACAGCUUGUAAAGUGGAAUAGGAGUUGGGCGACAUUGCAAUGGCCGCCACCACCCGUAAGCACUUACCUUCCUGGGAUGAAACCGAAUGCCUCAACUAUUACGAAAUGCUGUCCCUCCACGAAGUCUUUGAAGUCGUCGGCGCUCAGCUGACAGAAGCCGACAUAGACGUUCUCUUCUUCCUUUUGAGUAAUACCUAUACCCCUGUUCACCCCUUGGACCCUGCCGGCUGGACGGUGAAGCCGGAUGAGAAUGACCCGCUAGACUCCGGCGAAGCCCCGAGUCCCAAACUACUGGCGGCGUGGAGGCGCAUGCAGUCGCAAGGCUCUCCACAUUGCAUGGCGGCUUGGUGCAAGCCCAAGAGUGGUUUUGAGUUGUUGCUACAGCUGGAGAGACAAGGGUACAUCAGCGAAGGCAACCUGGAGCCGCUUCUGCAGCUACUCAGAGUACUCACUCGGCAUGACCUGCUGCCUCUUGUGUCCCAUAAGAAGAGGAGAACAGUGUCACCAGAAAGAACUUUCAGGCGAUGUAAGCGACAACACCAAAGCACUUCUGGCUUGAGAACUGCCUCCUAUAGACAAGCAGAAUUGCCUCUUUCUUCCAACACACCGCAAGUAAGAACAGGGUUUGACACAAUGGUAUCUGCACCAUCCGUGAGAGGGCAAAGGAGAAAAAAAAGGGGGUUUGGCUGGAGUCGCAAGCCCAAGAGGGCGAGAAGGCCGCCACAGCCGCCAGCACCUGGACCGCUUCUGAAAACAUCCUGCACAAUCCGUCUGAGGGUCCGGGCGGAAUACCUGAACCACGAGUCUGCGCUACGCAACGGCGUUUCAUCGGAUAAACGUCAACCCCUGGAGCGCCAAUUCGAGCUGUUCAGCCGGGCAGACUCACUGCUGCGUGCCAGAGACCUUGGCGCCAUCGUGUGCGACAUCAAUUUUACCGAGCUGGAAAACUUGGAGGCUUUCUGGUUAGACUACCUAAGCGGGUCGCUGCUUGACGCCCUUAAGGGGGUCUUCAUCAACGACUCAUUGAGGGUGGCGGCGGGGUCCGAGGAAGUUCGGCUGCUCAUCGCAGUUGAUCAGGACGACUAUGAGGAAGGCCGGCAGCGUCUGAGCGCUGUCCCGAUGCCAUCGUAGUGAAGGGAAGACCAUCACUGAGGGAUGUAGGUGGACUUUUGCUAUUAUUCUUCAAAAUAUGUGUCAGGCUUUUGGUUCAUAUCAUACCACUUGGAGCCACCAGAGGGCAGACUUGAACUUUGGAUUUUUGAGUUGAAACAAUGACUACAGUACUGGUUUUCGAUUGAAUUCACAUCCAGGUGAUAAUAUAUUGGCCUGCAGAAUAAAAGAAGACAUGUUAGGACAAGGCAGAGCAGGAUCAAAAUGGACAGAGUGGUAAACCCAACAAAUUCAGUUUGUGUUGCACUUGAGCCCUUUAAAGUAAUUCAUUCGAAAUGUUUGUUGUGAGGGUGAAAAAAAUGUAAUAUAUAACAAAGAUUAUUUAAUUUUGUUGUUGGCAAGAUUUUUGGACCCCAUUUUGCUGAUUUCUCUGUCCUUCGCGCCUACAUGAAAUUAGUCAUUUAUAUUACUGUCAAUGGCGGUGACUGCUUAUCUUUUUGAAGUGAAAGGAGAAAGUCCAAGUUUCCACCCUCUACAAUGGAAUCAGAAGUCUAAAACUAGGGCCAUAUCAACUUUUGAACCUUCCUACUCCAAAGUCUCCACUUUGUUUUCUGUUUCCCCACACUGAUAAAGUUUGUCCACUACGGUAAUAUGUUUGAAGCGGAAAACCGAGGUGAAAAAAGUGAUCUUUGCGUCUUAACUUCGGCCGCGUCUUAAGAUAAGCAGCCCGGUCCUGAAUCGCCCUAAGACGAUAACCCUGCAGCUGACGAUUGCUGUGGUCAGUGGUCAGCGCUAGAUGACAUCAGUGAUUAGCUUUCGGCUUCAGCAGACCAUGGAUAAGUCAUCAUCACAGUGUAGGGAUGAUAAUUCAAGAUGUGGGCUUGUACUGCAAGUAAAAACCUGUACAGGACGAGGCAAUGUGUCGCUCAAUACAAGCGAUGUUCAGGAGAUCAAAAUCCAAAGUGCGCACAUCCGGGCUGCCAUCAUCUUCGCUAGAGUGUCUUUGAUGGAGCGCUGUCUGGUCACCCUUCUGGAACUAAUGCUGGGACUUCACUCGAAGAAGACGAUCAAUAAGGCCCCUCGCUCUAAUAUAAAAACCACUAGGACAAGAACUCUGCUUGGUUCAAACGGCUGGACCUGACAAAUGGUUGUUGUUUUUUUGUUUAUCUCGUAUACUAUGGUUUCAACCUUUUAUUUAUACUUUUGAGCACUUCAUGUUUAAUGCUUGUCAGCUGUUUUGGUUAUUAUCUAUGGUAUAUUAGUAAACCAUGAUGGUGUGGGUGAAAACUAAUAAGAUUAAUAAAGGGAUGGUUGAAAAGCUGUUUUGAGUUAUGUGUUCAUAAAAUUAUUCAACAUUCAAAAAAUAUGCCAUGACUAGGGGCCGCUUGACUCUGGUAUAUAAAAUUAGGUGCCAGGAUUAUUGCCUGGCACAGCCAGACUAUUCUCCCUGUAUUUUUCAAACACUGUGAGAAAUAGUCUGGGACCCAGCCCAUUAACGGCCUCUCGAGCAAGGUACAAAAUCAACCGUCCAAUCAGAUUCAUUUAUUUGUGUGACGUGUUCUUAACGAGUAAUGUCACUCUUGCGCGCCGAAAGUCGUCUCUACAACAACACAGAUGGUGAACGGGAGAGCCGAGAUGUUCCAAACCGCGGUAAAACCAGUUUUAAAUGAACAAAAACACAUCGAAACAAGUCAUUGACAACAGUCAACAUGGCUCGCGCUAGCCAUGUUGAAUAAACUUCUCCAUUCUCCGCUCACGCUAAUUACUUGUCGCUUUAACGUCAACAACAGACAUUUUGAAUAAUAAAUAUAAUUAAUUACCUUUGUUUUAUGGCUGGGUUGAAACAAAAGCGGUUGCACGACGUCUGUAAACGGGGGUUUCCAGGGUAAAACGGACAAAUUAAAAAUAGUUUGGGGGCUUAAUGCGACAUGAUCUGCUAUGGCAGCACAUAGACAUAUUGUUUCAUCAAACACAACAGUUGUUUUGGCUUAAAAUACAGCAGUUUCUUUUAAAGAGGAGUGCAAGAGCAGAAACUACUUUUCCAGUCUUGUAUGUGUUUUCCGCCAUAUACAUUGUAAAUUUAUGAAGCUUUUUUUCUGUGAAAAGCUGCCCUUGCAUUUAUCAAUUGACUAUAUUUUCUAUUCAUUUUGAAAGUCAAGAUAUUGACAAGGUUA